CGGCAAAAAAAAAUCGAGAUCGGCAGGUAAGGUUGCCUAAGGAUCGGUGAUCGUUGAUCGGCCAGAAAACUGCAAUCGGUGCACCCCUAGUUUGGACCUCUUAUUCUCACUAUAAAUUGCCAUUAGUAAUUGCAUAAUAACAACACAUGAUGUUAACUUACAGAGUAUUCAAAAUGCAGCAGGCAGAACUGAUACUAGGAGCAGAAAAUAUGAACAUAUAUCCCCAGUUCUUGGGUCUGAGCACUGGCUUUCUGUCAGGUACAGGACUGACUAGCGUUACCUGUCGCUGUAAGGUUAGCUCCGCCCACAGCAAUUAUACACCCCAGUCAUCCUUCGCUCCGCCUCCCCCUCCAGACCCCGCCCACAACUCGUCACGUGCACCAUCCGCCACUUCCGUUCCCCUAAGUGAAAAGCGGCAAGCAAGAUACCUCUGGAGCUCAGUGGUCCAAAAUGAAGAUUGGACAAACUGGACAAUUACUGGUCAGCCAGGCGCUCCCACAGGGUCACAUGGUAACUGCCAUCGUAAGGAAUCCUGGCAAAAUGACAACCACCCACGAAAAUCUCAAGACAAAGAAUUCCUGACCCAUGAGGAAUACUUUAUUCCUGAUGCUAGUGGAAAUCCUGUUGGCAGUUCAGUGGCCCGGAUCAUGCUGUUCCUUCUGAACAACGAUGACUGGAUGGAAAAAGGGGUUUGCCGUCACAACAAAAUAAACUGCUCUUUCUGCCAAAGAGGCACAAGUGACAACACAUACUGUGCAUAUGUUGGAUAAACUGCACAUACACACAAGAGUCACCAGCCCCAGCAAUAGAAAUUCCCACCUUAAACUGCCUGUUUUCAGAAGAUAUGAAACACCCACUGACCGCUAACAGAGUUAUGACAUUCUCGUGAUUAAUGUGAAAUUAACGUUUUGCGUACAUUAAACAGGAAAUGGCUUUUUCAAUUCAUGUUUUCUAUUCAAUGAAUGACUAAUGUACACAUUUACAGCUUAUUAUUAUUUGAAUAAUGAUUUUGUUCUCAUCACUGAGUAUCAUUGCAAUCCCUGCAAUUGUAAGCUGUUUAUAAAAUGUUUGGAAAUGGUCAUUUUAAUAUUAUUUUGUUUGCACGUAU